CGAUCCGACCGUGCUCGUCCUCGCGCACCCGCUGGUCACGCUUGGAUUUGUCUUGGACGUCUGGCUGAGCACGGACAACGUCGGGAUCGCAACGCUGCGUGCGUCGCAGCUAAACGACCCGCUGCUUAUGGUUCAGACCACGCUCUACUUGUCUCGAUUGGUCUGGUUUGCCUACGCCGCGCUGAGCCUCCUCAACGUGCAGCUCAAGCGCUGCCAUCUCGAGCACCGCUUCAAGGCCGUAGACCCCACCAUGGUGGCGAUUGCCGUCACGAUCUACAGCUUUGCAUUGUCGUGGGCAGGCCAGAAUGUGCCCUUGCUUAUUGAGCUCUUCCAGUGGCUCUACCGCCUCCCGGUCUCCGCAUCCCGGCAAAGCGAAGAGUUGGAACUCAUCCUCGGAUGCAGUGUCUUUACGCUCAUGGUCACGAUCGGUCCGGUCACGUACGGCGUCUUUGCCAUGUGCUUGGAGAGUGUGCUCCCCCCACGCGCUGGACAUCCAUACCAUGCUCCGAGCUAUACCAAUAUGAAGAACCGGGUGCUGUACACGCUACUCCACCACUGCGGCUGCUCGAAACAAAACGAGCAAGCGCGAGUUUCCCUUGGUGGCGCCGUGCACGAGGUUUUGACCCAGCACCCUCGUGACAAGCGCUGCGUCACCAUGAGCUGGCGCGCGACCGACUGCUUCGUCUUGUGCUACAACGAGAAUAGGGUCCUCGAUACGACGUUGCGUCUGAGUUUGGUCGCGAGUGUCGAUCGCACUCGUCGCGCCAAACGUGACGUCGCCCCCGAUGUGACCUCGGAGCCCUCCGUCUAUGUCGUGAAUCAGUUGGAGCGGCACCCGGGCCCCUGGGACAGCGACUCGAGUCCGUACUAUUUCGUGCACCCAGCCACGGGGCCGUCCGCGUGGUGCCUCUAGCGUUUUCAUUGAACGAAACAAAGACUCAC